CAUGGUGCCGGUGGUGUACGCAUGCUACGCGUGGAUUCCAGACCACCUCGAUAAGCCGCUCGGUAAGAAGAAGCUCGAAGACGCUGCGAGCAAGUCAGCGGACCUCCAGGAAGAGUUUGUGCCAUCGACGACGCCCGUGCCGCACUCGUUUUGGCGCGAGACGUUUGAAAUCGCCAAGAACCCGGCCUUCCUCGCGUCGGCCUUUGGUCUCUCGGCCUUUACGUUUACGAUCCAAGGCAUGGUCGCGUUCGCACCGGCGAUUCUCAUUGGCUAUGGACUUUUGAGUGAGUCGAUCGCGUCGACGGCGUUUGGCGGCAUCGUCGUCCUCGCGGGCCUCAUUGGGUCGCCGCUCAGUGGCUACAUUCUCGACAAGGUGGUCCGCGGCCACGAAGGUGACCGCUUCUUCCGCCUCCACCGCGCGGCGUUUCAAAUGUUCGUCUCGAUCGCGACCGGCGUCGCGCUCUUGCUCGUGUCGCUGGGCUUUAUGAGCUCCAAGUUUGUCUUCCUCGGCCUCGUCUUUCUCGGGUUCCUCUUUGUGUUUGCGACCCAAACCGUCACGACGAUCGUCAUCAUGAUGAGCGUCUCGGACGCGCAGCGCGGGUACGCCAUGGGCCUCAGCACAUUCAUCCAGCAUCUUUUUGGCGACGUGCCCGCGGCCGUCAUCCUCGGUGCGCUCAAGGACAUGUGGGCGCCCAACUGCGGCAGCAAGGUAAACGCCAGCGGCAAGGAUGUGCUCGACCCCAACUGCCACUUGGACAAGGACGGUCUGCGCUACACGCUCGCAUUUGCGUACGGCUGGCUCCUUUGGACUGUUCUUUGCUGGGGCAUCACGUACAUCAUUGGACGUAAGUGGCACAUCAAGGCGGAUGCGGCCAAGGCGCUCGCUGCGUCGCCCAGCGUCAAUGUCGUGGCGCAAGAGUAGAUCCGGCGUUUGGAACGAUAAUCUCAUAUUUCCUUCUCAA